AUGUUGUCCUACCUUCUGAACGGUCAUCUGACGUUGUUCUGCGUACUGUCCGGCGUCGUGCUGAAUCUGGUCUGCAUGUACGUCUUCAUCCGGUUCCGGCACGGCAGCACGCCCGUUAUCCAGUGCUAUUUGGUAUGUUUUGAUGGUAAUUGUGACGUAUACGUUUCCGAAUGUUGUGAUUGAACGAGGAACUUGUCAGCUCAAGUUUGAGGGAGUUUUAGACUUAUAUUUACUUUACUCUAUGUUAAUUUAAAUUUAAUUUUAAAUUAAAGUUUUAAAAUAAAAGUUAAUAUUUAUAUUACCCAUCUUUAUUGCCAUCACAUAGCUAUCACACUGUUAUCACACUUGCAUUAUUUAUGAUUUGUAACUGUCAAUACCUCUUCAGAUUACAUUAACCGCGUGGCAGACGGCGUUGUUGUGUAACGCCUUCCUACUCUACUGUCUCCCCACCCUAUGGUACGGUCACGUGGUAUCUCGGGGAGAGUAUGCUCGAGUGUAUCCCUAUGUCUACGCUCUUGCCAACACCACACAUACCGGGUCAGUGUGGAUUGUGUUGACAUUGACCAUCGACCGGUUUCUGGCCCUAUGUAAACCAUUAACACAUCCGACCAUCGGGAAAAGGAGGUAGGUUAAAGGGAUUUAUGUUGUGUUUGGUAGUAAUUUUGAGGGUAAGGCAACUUUUUGCAUUGGGAUGCUUCGUAUAAAGGGGCAAAUAUGACAUUUUGUGGUAUUUUUGAUGAUUUUUUGAUGUUAUUUUCAACAUAAAAUGAAAUUUUUAUUUAUAAAACUUGUUAUGAUUUUAACACUUGGUAUUGUGUACCAGUAUACAUAACAGUAAAAUCAAUAUUUACAAUUUAAGAGGCUCAAAAUGGUUGAUUAUGUCUAAUUAUUGUACUGUAAUUACAAGCUUACUGUCUUGUUAGCGAAAUUACUUCAGUGAACUGUCUGUCGUCUCUCUUUCUCUAUCUCACACAGUAUUUCUCUUUCUCUCCUCUACUCUCUCUGUCUCCCACACUCUCUUGCUUGGUUUUAUUAUAUAAUUUAUAGAUUUACUUUACUAUGCCAUUUCUUAAUGAAAUGGGUCGGAGAUCUGCGGCUGAAAGUGUAAAGCCUGACAUUUCAAUUGACAUAAUGUAAAUUAAACAGAUACCACGAAUAUCACACGUGACGUGGCGUAUUUUUAGGUCCGAGUUGUGUUAUAGUACACAGAAAGUUGAAAGCAUAACAAAAAACGUGUGAAUAGUACUAUAAAUAGUAUGAUCAUGGGUUAAAAAUAGCAACAGUAAGAGAGAUUACUUAGCUUACUGUGAAAUGACACAAAACGUUACAGUAAUAUUGUUACUGUAUCUAAGGCUAUUAUGUUUUGAUAUAAACAACAUAUCACUUUGUAGUGCUAAUAGUACCAUUUCAGCCGCGUAAAGAAGCUGAUGGUGUUUGUAUCUAUCUUGGCCAUGUUCUUCUCGGUACCUCGUAUCUUCGAAGUGACUACAGUCGUAUCGUGUCUCCAAAAGGACCACAAUUGUGCUCCACAAGUAGUUCGUACCAAUCUACCAAGCGACCGGUUGUACUGGACAGUGUACCAUAUUAUACUCGGUACUGCGUUCGUUACUUUAGGGCCAUGUUUACUGUUGUUUGCUCUGACUCUUCGUAUUUCUAUGGCGCUACGGAGAGCUACACGAAGAAGGAAAUCGUUGUGUCAAGUCGUUAACGAAGGGACGUGUAGACAAGAGUUUUCAAAGUAGGUUUAGGUGAUAUUGAGGUUACUUUUUGUCCAAAGUAAAAUAUAAAGUUUAGAAUUUACUUUUAAAAAGAUUUUUUUACUUGUAACUUAAUAUUGUACUGAAUGAUGGUAUAAAGCCAAAGUUUAAUUUUCAAUGGUUUUUAGCAAAGAUCACCGCGCUAACGUGAUGUUAGUGUUGGUAAUAGCCAAGUUCUUGAUAUCUGACAUUCUACCAACCGUAGUUGAUGUACUAGAACAUGUAAGUUCCAUAUUUCUCAUGAUUUUAAGCAAUCUGGCAUAAUUUUUAAAAUUUUAAAGUUUAUUUUAAAUUUAAUUUAAAUCCUCAAUGCUUUGCUUAUGUUGAUUACCAUUUUUUAAUGUAGUUCUUGUUACUACAGCCAAAAUCUUGUUAUAAUCUGUAGAGUACUUAAUAUGCUUUAAAUGUAAAACUAAAGUUCACCUAAUUCCAGUUAGUUGGAAAUCAUGCGUUUAUGUCAAGUGCGACAGCUACAGUGUUUGUAGACUUCAGUAACUUCCUACUGGUAUUGAACUGCUCCACCAACUUCUGGGUCUUCUUCUUCUGGGGAAAGAGGUUCAGAAGGUACUGUUUCUGUUUGUUGUCCAACUCUUGUUGCGCUCCACUGUUCUCCAAAUGGAUAUCCAAAGAAGCUGUAAGUUCUUGCUUCAACAAUACUCUUUAUCUUUGUCGGGUGGGAACAUAAGGUUAGGGGUAGUGGAAGUUUUUUUUAAACUAAAUUUUAUUAUUAAAUCAUAAUUGAAAAAAUGUGCUUUAUUAUACUUUUUUGUGAAACAUUAGUCUAAACUUAAAGUAUCAAGUGUAAUAUCCGCUACUUUUAACAAAAGUUUUUCACUAAAGAAGGUUGUACAAUCUGUGGAUGACGAGAUAUUUCGUAUGUUCGUUCUGGCUUUGAGAUAACUGCAGAUUAAGGAUAUUAGCUUUCAAAGUCCCUGUUUAUGGCUUGGUAUUAGUCAUCAUACUUAACUUGUAAAAACUUUUUUAAUUGCCUCAGGUUAAGCCAUCUUAAAAUUAAUUGCAGAAAAUUAAGGUUCAGUAGUACAUUCAUAAAAAACGGUAACUUUUUAUUAUUACUAUCAAAACUAUUUGUCAUGACUUUAUAGUAACUCGUUACAAUUUCAGCACAUGAACAGUUUCCUAGCCCUGAACCAAGCGACGUGCACAACCAAGCUCCGUAACCCGGCCAGUAUGAGUGAUUUCAGCAGAAAACGAAACUCUUUUUCCCCAGGCGAUUUGGACGGAAAACUGAAUACCUCUCUAACUCAACAUCAGCUAUUCCCGGCUGGAGAAGUUGGCAUCCCUCGUACUCAACGAGCACGGUCCUAUGCGGCUGUAGAAGACUGUGUAGACCGACGAAACUUCUUCUAG